CGUUUGGUUACAGGUAAACUCAGGCCCUCGUGGCUUCUUACACACAGGCCACCUGGUCUUCCCCUGCUGCUCUUUUCCUUGUCUGAGGUAGUGUCUUCUUGUAGCUUAGGCUAGUCUGGAAAGCAGUAUGUAGCACAGGUGGGUCUUGAACUUGUGAUUCUCUGCUUCCCUAGUGCUGGGAUUAUCACUGUGUGCCACUGUGGCCAGCCCUGAUUUUUCUGCUUUCCCAAGUCAUUCUAUUUAUUUGUAAAAAGAACUCUGUCAUGAGCUAUGAGAGGGUCAACUGUGGUUUAACUUUUCAAACAGUUCUGUAUCUCUUUGCUCUUGUACACACACGACCUUCAUUUCUCUUGUAUAGGAUCCCCUGACCAGUGAGGACUUUGUGAGAAUUUUCACACACAGCUGGACCAUGCCUCCUUCCAAGGAAGGCCCUUUCUCUGGCCUUUUCCUAUGGACCACACACCACACACCUUGGCUAUUCUGUGGUAUUUUAGUGGUGUUCUGAGUUUCCCCUCACGGGUGAAGACAUCACCCCCCUCAGCAGCCUUGCCUCUCUGGGAGCUGGCCCUUUCUUCCUUCCUUCCUUUCUUAAUCUUUGCAUUUGCAGCAAGAGGGAGACAGACUCUCGGGAGGGACAGCUGCUCUUUUAGCGAGGAAUUCUGAAGCUUUCAGGUUAGACUUAUUUUCUCUCCCAUGUGUGUGCGUGUGCGUGUGUGUAUAUAUGUGUGCCUGUGUGUGUGUGUACGUGUGUGCGUGCCUGUGUGUGUGUGUACAUGUGUGCGUGCGUGCGUGCGUGUGUGUGCGCGCGCGUGUGUGUGUGUGCGCGCGCGUGUGUGUGUGUGUGCGCGCGCGUGUGUGUGUGCGUGUGUGCCUGUGUGUGCCUGUGUGUGUAUGUGUGUGCGUGUGUGUGUGUGUGUGCGUGUGUACGUGUGUGCGUGCGUGCAUCUAGGCUUCUUGCCAGCCUCAGACAUGUGGUUUGUCUUCAGCAGCAGGAGCAGCUACCUUGAAACAAUUCCUGGAAAUUUACUUUCUCCCUCCCUGCCUAACUGCACUUUUUUUUUUUUUUUAAAGUAUAGACAAGACACUAUAAUCAACACUGCAGAGGAAGGAAGGCAGGAGAGGAGAGAUAUUGAGAAGCAUAGAUAAAGGUUGGCAGCUUCUCAGAGUUGGCCUUGGCCCUGCAGAAUGGCUGAGACAGGCUGUUCCAGGAUCUCCCUGACUUGCCUGGCCUGUGUGGCAGAGCCAGUUGUAUAGUGGAAAGGUCAAGGCUGGAGAGUUUGGCAACAAACGGUUACACUACCCAGCGUGAGCUUCCGCAAGUUCCCUCAUUGAGAAGCUAAGGGUGACCUCAGAGGCUAUUUUGUCCUCAGGCUCCCCACAAAAAUGCUACCUGCCUCCCGUAUCCUUGUUCUUUGUGCUGAGCUCUCAGACCAGCUUGGGGCUCAGACUUGAUCAUUUCAGUAUGACAGUCCCUUGUGCAACAUCAGACAUGUCAGCUACGUGUUCAGAGUAUCCAUUCGUUUUUGUUUGGUAGAAGAGGCUUUCCUCCGAGAAAUAGAGGAGUCAGUAGAUAUAAAUUGGCAUGAGCUGGAAGCCACCCAUUCUGGUCUUCUCACCGAGCAGCCACCCUUUCCCUAAAUUGGUUUGUUACCAACUUCCUCCUCUAAUUAGUUGUCUGAGUUCCAGCACUCAUGUGGAAGGAUGAGAACAUUCCCAGAGGUUACAACAUCACCACAGGACAGGACAGAUGUGACAGAAGCAGCCAACAUUGACUAAUUAGUGGCCAUUAUUUUUUUUUCCGACACAGCGGUAAAGAACAUUAUCUCAUGAAAACUCAGAGCUUAUAAGAUGAAUAUUAUCCCAGGUGAGAUGCCACACAGUGAGGCCCAGGUCACACUGCCAGCAGUUCAAUAAUCCUUUAUGGGUUAUUAGUCACAUAGUGGCUUCAGACAUGAGUCCCACAAAGCACUAUUUGCAUACGCAGAUUUUGUCUGCUGGGUACAUUUUUAUCAGGACUUCCUUAGAUUCUCAAAGAGGCCCAAGAUGUCCAAAUGUUUAAAAACAAAAAAGCUGUCCAAGGACACCAGCUAAGGUGAAAAGACAGAGUUGGAUAGUUACUUCUGGAGUUGACUCUGCUCUGGAAAUCUUGGGAAAUCUCCUCCAUGACACACACCUGUGGGUUUGAGGUGUCUGAGAAAGGUGAAUUGCUUUUUGUCCUUUCCAUCUCCUUCGACAAGGUGGAGAACAUCUGUUUACUUUCUCUCUCCGCUUCCUGAACGGGAAAGGGAAGGUGCAACUAAAGGCGAAGGAAAAGGAAGCUUACGAUGAUAAGAGACCCAAAAGGCGCCAGAUACCAGCUUCCCCUCUUGAUGAUACCACCCAGAAAUUUCCCAGCAUGCCCCACUCCGCCUUUGCACCCUCCUUCCGUUCCCAUCCCAUAUCCCCCCACCCCCACCCCCAACUUCCUCCUCCUGCAGCUGUUCCGUGGAUAUGUAGCCUGUCCCUUGCUGACUCCAGAGCUUUUUAGAUCCUGGGAACAGAAGUUUUUCCUGAAUUCUCCAGUGCUUCCUGUGGCUUUCGAUUUCUGUUUCCACCAUUUCGCAAAGAACACAGUCUUAGUGUUAGCUUACUGGUGAUCUCACUAGGCUGCCCUCGGGGACCUAGCAAUUGCUUAUUUCAUCACUUUCCUCCCCCGCCAGGUACAACAGGUUCUCUCUCCCCCUCCCCCCUUUCUCUCUCUCGUACACACCCACCUGGUCCACCAGGUACCCCCUGGCUGAAUUAUAUUUCAUAACACUUUGACUCCCCAAAAGUUAGAGUCGGGAGGAGUUGCUGAAGUCAUCUAGAUUCGUCUUUGUUAUAAAGAUGAACAAAAUGGAGGCUGUAAGUAAUCGCAUAUCAUCAGACAAAGUAUGAAACACAGGUAGGAGUGGAACGUCAUCGGCUUCAUGUGGGCAGGCUCUUCAAACACAGGAAAUGGUUGGUAGAUCUCAUCCCUCGGGGUCUCUAAGUCCAUCAAAGCUCUAGUAUCCGGUGCACUCAGAACGCUGCCCAUGUGCCUUUAGUCAAAUGAAACCUCGCUCUGGGUCUAGCUCCAAGGGGAUGCUCCAGAGCUGUCCCCUCUCCUGCCCACCAUGAGGUCUUUCUGAUGGACACAGACUGGAUAGUGUGCAAGGUUCCUCCUGAGGCUGCAAAUAAGGGCCUCCCCCAAAGAAAGCCACACAGAUACAGAAAUCUAAAGCAUCCAGGCCUGCAAGGCUCUCCAGACCCUCACCCUAUUCCCAGACCACUUUUCCUAGGGAAAAAAACCAGGUAUAGUCCAGUAGAUCUAAGCAGGGACUGGGGCACAGUCCAGUCAUAGUGUGUAGGUGCCAUGAGAUAAAUGCCUCACUCCCCUGUUUUUCUGUCUUGGCUGUACUGAAAUGAGUCCUCACCAGAUAAUUUAGGAGGCUUGCCUCAAACUCGCAGUCAUCCUGCCUCUGCCUGCCAAGUGCUGGAAUGAUACACCUGUACUGCCAUAUUUAGCUUAGUUCUAGAUCUUUGACUCAGGAAGAAGUACGUCAGGUGAGAUGUGGGUUCCCAUCCCUGACUUAGAUGGAUAAUGUAGCUCUUGAGGGAUAGAAACUGAUUUAGACUGCUAUGUGUAGCCCAGACCUUUGCCAGUCUUGGAAUAUGAGGAAUCCCGGCCAUGGGGAAGCAUACCCCCAUAACUGAGAGAAUGGACAUCUCGGGGAGACCAGGUGACAGAUUCCAAGCUAAGACCUGUGUCAAGACAGAAGAGCUUGAGACAAUCAGUUGAGGGGCAUGGCUCUUCCCAGACACUGGUUUCUUGUCUUAGACAAACAAGAUUUAGUUUUCUCUAUGUGUAUGUGUGUAUACUGUGUGGGUUCCCAAACAGGCUAGAAGAAGGUAUUGCAGGGGCUACAAGCCUCCCAAGAUGGGCACUGUCAAGUGAAUUGAUGUCCUCUGAAAGAGCAGCAAGUGCUCUUAAUGACCGAGUCAUCCCUCUAGCCCCAGACAUUGGUUUCCCGCCCCUCAGCAAAAUCCUCAUCUUCCCCUAAUUAAAGGACUUAACGUUUGGUAAACAUGAGCAGUAGAGAUGACAGAGUCAUGAACUCCUGGCUUCUGUCUCUGCCCUGGCCCCUCUUUGUUCUGUCUCCUGUGGGAUGUGGCAUUCUGUUCCCCGUCCCAGAACUCUCCAUGGACAAUCCUAUGGGAUACAAACUCUGACCCUGUCUCAUGUCUCACGUCUCCCGAGGGGAAAUGCCUUCCUAAGUGUCCUGUCAGGAUAUACACACCAACUUUCCAGUUCCUGGCACAUGGCUGAAGCUCUCUUCAACUGAGGCUUUCCAUUUUUAGAGUGUCUGAGGAAUCUAGGUAUGAGUGCAAGAAAGUCCCAGAGCAGUAAGGAAGAGGACAAUGAUGGCACCCAAACAGAGGCUGUGGAACAACCAAGCCUUAGUCCAUGAGGACCAGCUCCCAGGUGCUACGAAGGCUAAGAAAGAAAGGCAGAUGAGACGGGUGUGUAUUAGCUCUUUCUGUGAUACUGUGAUGAGGGUUUAUCUUGGAGCUCAGUUGGUGUGGGGAAGCCAUAGCAGAACCACCGUCCCUGGUCAUUUACCUUGUGGGAUACUCGGAAGCAGAGGGACUAGGUCCAGAAUCGAGGGUGGGGGUUAUAACCUACAAAUGCCACCACACCUAGUGACCAUCUUUCCCCUGCCAGUCUCGUCUCCUAAAGGUUCCUCAGAUUCCUCAGCCAGUACCAAUGACCGAGGGAGCAGUAUUUAAAACAGGAGCCUGGAUGGAGACAUUGCAGAUUCUAACCAUAAGAGUGAGUUUUAGGGUAGGAGAUUGUGCUAGUUAAACUCUAUCGAUAGCACAGCAGGCCUUAGAUUCGCUGAUAGGAUAAACUUCACAGUGUGUCCAUGAGGUCAUUUCAAGAGAGUGGCAGCACCACCCUGUAAGUGGAGUCCAACCAAAUACAAAAUGAGCGUUCAUUCCUCUCUUCUCCCUGCAGAAGUGACAUGCCCAGCCAUAUCCUGCUCUUGUUGUCAUGUUGGACGGUAUCCUCAGAGUGUAAGCUUAAAUAAGUCAUCCUUAAAACUACAAGAACAGUUGGAUCCCUGUGAAUUUUGUGUCAGAAAGAGGGUUGGUACGGAAGUGUCUUCAUUCUACCUGAGAGGCAGCAGAAACCAGAACCAGCACCAGACUGGUGCAGCAAUCUAUGGCAAAACUGAACUUAGUGCUUCAGGGGUUUCCUCUGGGAAACCACAUGGGAUAAUUGGCUCAUGUUAAUCUGAAGUAAUAAUGGUUCUUAGAACUCAAUAUGGCUCGGUCAUGUCAAGCUAAACCCACACAGUCAGGGAAGGGCUCAUACAAGUCAUUCUCUCCUUGGCUAGUAGUUCUGGGAGUUUCAUCCAUGGGCAUUUCCAGACCCCAUCUCCUUCCCUUCCUGUUUUAUGUCCCGUGUAGUUCUUUGCCAACUUGACACAAGCUAGAGUUAUCUGGGUGGAGGAACCGCACCUGAGAAAAUGCUACCGUCAGAUUGUCUGUAGGGCACUUUUUUUUUUUUUUUGGUUCUUUUUUUUGGAGCUGGGGACCGAACCCAGGGCCUUGCGAUUCCUAGGCAAGCGCUCUACCACUGAGCUAAAUCCCCAAACCUGUAGGGCACUUUCUUGACUAGUGAUUGGAAUGGGAGGGCCCUGCCCUCUGCAGGUGGUACCACCCAUGGCUGGGCACCCUUGGUGGAGUGAGGAAGGCUGUGCAAGCUAUGGGAAGCAAACCAUUCGAAAGUGUCCUUCCUCGGCCUCUGCUUCAGUGUCUGCCUCCAGGUUCCUUCAUGGCAGACUAUAAACUGUGAGUUUAAUAACCCCUUUCCUCCACAGGUUGCUUGGCCAUAGUGUUUAUUAAAGCAAUGGGAAGCAAAGUGGGAUGGUUUGUCUUUGAGGUCAGAUGUCACAUUCAGUGACCUUCACUCCCCAACCCCAGAGAAGUAUUACUCCGGGGAGACAACUGGUACCUUCUCCUGGGGCCUUUCCUGUGCUCCUGUAAGGGAUGACAGAGAUUUAGUCUGCUGAGGAAAUGAGGCUUGAAAAAAAGGAUUUUGUUGUAAAUUUGUCUAGAGUCCAAGGCUGCAUUUGCAAUAGUGUUCUACCCAUGCUCAAAUGAGUACACAGAAAGGCUGAGCCUGAACCUUGACUGACGUGGGCCAUGAGUCAUUAGGCUUAGAUGGAUCUUCUGUGCAUAAGAGGGCAGAGAGGAGUGGACCAAUUAGGGAGGUGCUUUUUAAGUAGGAGGUGCCCAAGGGCGUUUGCUUAUCAGCACGGAAAAUCAACCUGAGACUGCAGAAGUGGAGCAGGAUUAAAAGACAAAAAAGAAAGAAAGAAAAGAAAGUUCUAGAGAAAGACGGUCAUAGAGGAGUGACAGUCAUACUUGCCAGAAGCCUGUAGGCUACGCUGCCUACCCAUCUUUUGCAUUCCUAUUUCUUCCCUCUGAAGACAGGGCAGGCUCAUUUUGCCUCAGAGUCUGUUCCUCUGCUUGUCUUCUACAAACCAUGUGGCUGUACCUGCUGGCACUGGUGGGCCUGUGGAACCUCCUGCGCUUGUUCAGGGAGAGGAAGGUGGUAAGCCAUCUCCAAGACAAAUAUGUCUUCAUCACGGGCUGUGACUCAGGCUUUGGGAACCUGCUGGCCAGACAGCUGGACAGGAGAGGCAUGAGGGUGCUGGCUGCAUGUCUGACUGAGAAGGGAGCCGAGCAGCUGAGGAGCAAGACAUCGGACAGGCUGGAGACAGUGAUCCUUGAUGUCACCAAGACAGAGAGUAUUGUGGCAGCCACUCAGUGGGUGAAGGAGCGAGUUGGGAACAGAGUCAUGUGGCUGUACCUGCUGGCACUGGUGGGCCUGUGGAACCUCCUGCGCUUGUUCAGGGAGAGGAAGAUGGUAAGCCAUCUCCAAGACAAGUAUGUCUUCAUCACGGGCUGUGACUCAGGCUUUGGGAACCUGCUGGCCAGACAGCUGGACAGGAGAGGCAUGAGGGUGCUGGCUGCAUGUCUGACUGAGAAGGGAGCCGAGCAGCUGAGGAGCAAGACAUCGGACAGGCUGGAGACAGUGAUCCUUGAUGUCACCAAGACAGAGAGUAUUGUGGCAGCCACUCAGUGGGUGAAGGAGCGAGUUGGGAACAGAGGACUCUGGGGCCUGGUCAACAAUGCUGGCAUCUCCGGCCACCUGGGUCCCAAUGAGUGGAUGAACAAACAGAACAUUGCAAGUGUGCUGGAUGUGAACCUGUUGGGCGUGAUCGAGGUGACUCUGAGCACGGUGCCCUUAGUGAGGAAGGCGAGGGGCCGUGUGGUCAACGUUGCCAGCAUCGCAGGCCGACUGUCUUUUUGUGGUGGUGGUUACUGCAUCUCCAAGUAUGGUGUAGAGGCCUUCUCAGACUCCCUCAGGAGAGAGCUCUCCUAUUUUGGGGUCAAGGUGGCUAUUGUAGAGCCUGGCUUCUUCAGGACUGAUGUGACCAAUGGUGUCACAUUAUCAUCAAACUUCCAGAUGCUGUGGGACCAGACCAGCUCAGAAGUCAGGGAAGUCUAUGGCGAGAACUACCUGGCAUCUUAUCUGAAAAUGCUAAAUGGAUUGGACCAGAGGUGCAACAAAGACCUGUCUCUGGUGACUGACUGCAUGGAGCACGCCCUGACUUCCUGUCACCCUCGCACCCGGUACUCAGCUGGUUGGGAUGCCAAGUUCUUCUACCUCCCCAUGAGCUAUCUGCCCACCUUUCUUGUGGAUGCCCUUUUCUACUGGACUUCUCCAAAGCCUGAGAAAGCUCUCUGAAGUCUUUACCUAUGUACAUAACUGAGGAGAUGUUGGUACAGUGUUAGGGAGGGGAUCCUGAGGAGGAGGUCCGAGUGCUGAGGAGGGAGGGAGGUCAUUCCUCUGGGGUUUAGUCCACACUCUUCAUUUUGCUAAUUUUCCUGUGCUACUACUCAAGGCUGAUGAUGACCCAAGAAAUAGCCAAAGAAUUCUGCGAAGAAGUUCAAAUACAAAAGUGCUGGCAGUUGCCUAGGCUCUGAGCACCAUGACCUACCAUGGCGAUCCACACAAAUGAGGAGUUUGAGACCAGCUUGUACCAAACACUGCCCUGAGUCCCCCUGUGCAGGAAGUGCACAUGCCCUGGCUAGUUUGUACCCUAUGCAGCAUAGAAGUGUCCCUGCUCUGAAGUCACCUGUGACCCUGGUGUCAGGUUUGAGAAGAAUCACUAAUAAUUCUAACACUCAUGCUUGAAGGCCAGGUCGACAGCCCUGGGUGGGAGAGUCGGUUACUUGUGGUGAGAAUAUAGUAGAGGAUAGAGACAUUAAUUUUUUUUAAAUUUACUUUGAAGUCAUGGCUCUUCUUUUCUUUUUUGGAGUCUUUUCCUUUUUAGAGCAUAGCAUGAGGUGACCUCUUGUUCCCUGUGAUUUAAACAAUGGCAUUGCUGGUUGGUGAGGUUUAGAUUGCAGGGGUAAGGGGAAUGUCCUGAGAAGGGUGUGCAUAGGCCAGCAGGAAUUUCCUUGCCCGUCUCAGCCCUUCUAGCCACUGAGGUGGGAAUAACUGCUGUCCAUUCAAAACUUAACAACAACCCCUAAGGCAUAAGAGCAUGCAUGCAAGUCCAUGAACAGAACUUACCUGUUGGCUUCAGCUCCACCACUCCCUCCCUGUGAACUCACUAAGUGGCCACAUCUUUCCUGCAGACUCACCAAAGUGAUCAUCCCUUUCUUACAGACUCACUAAGUGACCAUCCCUUCCUGCAGACCCAUGAAAUGACCAUCCCUCUGUAGAGACCCCCUAGGCGACCAACCCUUCCCUCAGACUCACUAAGUGAAUUUUGCUUGCUGAACCUCACUAAGUGACCAUUCCUUUCUGCACACUCAGAGGUAAGCAUCCCUUCCUGCAGACACACUAAGUGAUCAUCCCUUUCUGCAGACUCAUUAAUUGACCAUACCUAUCCUGCAGAAUCAGGAAGUUACCAUCCCUCCUUGCAGAUCCAGUAAAUUCUCUUCAAUUCCCUGUAGAUUUACUAAGUGACCACCCAUUUCCUGCCCUCACUAAGUGACAAUACCUUCCCUGCAGACCCACUAAUACACGCUUCCUUCAUAUCCUACUCAGGAAGUGACCAUGUCAACUGAGCCCUUCUGACUGACUGUCCGACUGUCCUUGUCAAUUGCCACUCUCAUGUCCCCUCCCUCUCUCACUGCCACACUCCUCCAUCAGCAUGUAGAGAGUGUCUUUUUCAACUUUGGUCUUUCCUUUUGUGGACAACAUUUCUGCAAAAGAGCAAGGGUCUGGAACUUGCCCUGGCCUCUGACCCCUGGAUGUGUGUGCUGCUAGGUCAAUGAAUCUCAAGGGUAGGCUGAUUAGUGAAAGCCUCUGUGGAAGAGACAGAGAACCCUGGGCUCAGGACAGACUCACCCCUGGGACAGACUUCCAUAGAAGCCUGACUAUUCUUCUCUCAGUAAAAUAUGUGCACCGAGUAGCCACAGGAGUAACUUGAAUAGACAAUAAUUUUUAGUUUAAUGAAUAUAGAUUUUCCUCUACUCUA